AUGUCUGUCGUGGACGAACAGAUAUCGGAACCGUCGGUUGAACCCCUCUCGAUUGAUCACGACGAGGCUGAUCUUUUCAACAGCAAGAACGAUUUCUUGGACACCAAGUCCUUCCUUACGGAUCCGGACCUGCAACCAAUAUUCUCCCACUCAGCCGGUCAAGAAAGCAAGUCUCACAUGGCUGAGCACACUGUGGCGCCACGACAACAGGCGACUAUGGACAGCACUGUUACGCCCACCCCUGCCGCUGGAGUUGAUGAAGGAUCUCAGACUGGGCGGCUUCAAAA